AAAUAGUCUCUCCCUUUAGACCGUUAGCUACAAACGAGCGAGAUUAAUCUGAAGGCCGCUGCGGGUAAUCGCUAUGCGACCUUGUAACGGAGAUAUUUGGAUGUGAAGAUUGCAUUGCCGUACUUGGAGAGGCUGAGGAACAGCGAAGCGAACUGACUGAUGAUGGAGCGGCACGCUGGCGAGGAUUUCUCGGUGGUAGUAUUGGCUUCAGACCUCGGCGUAGACGCUCGAUCCCUCCUCAGUCCGGCGGAGCGUCAAGCUCGAGUGGCAGAAGACGCGGCCGCUGAGGCGCCGGAGGAGUGGCACGACUGCUCAGAAGAGGAUUUCUCCGAUCUGAUAGCGCUUCAGGUCCUGCGAUUUGAGGGUUUGGAUAAGUCUGGGAAUCGUAUUCUUCGAAUCGUCGGGAAGUAUUUCCCUGCUACUGUUAUUGCUGGGGAGCGCUUGAAGAGGUAUGUCUUUCAUAAGCUAAUGGCCGAGUUACGCGAUGGUCCAUUCUGCAUUUUGUACAUGCAUACUACGGUACAAAAGGAGGAUAAUAAUCCUGGAAUGUCUAUCUUGAGGUGGAUAUAUGAAGAUCUACCUGUUGAGUAUAAAGAAAGGCUUCAGGUUGUUUACUUUCUUCAUCCUGGCCUUCGAUCUAGACUUGCAAUUGCCACGCUUGGCCGCCUGUUCUUAAGUGGAGACAUAUACUGGAAAAUAAAGUAUGUAAGCCGAUUACAGUACCUGUGGGAAGACAUAAAGAAAGGCCAGGUUGAGAUCCCCGAGUUUGUUCGGCGUCACGACGAAGUUCUUGAGCACAGGCCAUUAACAGACUAUGGCAUAGAGCCUGAUCCUCUCCAUCUAACUGGUGUGCCUGCCAUGGAGUCUUCAUUUGGAAGGUAUGAAGAUAAAUGGCCUUCCCGGGAUUAUAUGUAAUUAGUAAAUAUUUCUCUUGAAAUCUAAUAAUGAUAACAUAGUGUGAAUAGC